CAGAACCUCUAAAUGGUCUGAUAAACGAUCCGAAAGAACGAGAAAUGAAUUUGGUUAUUUGGGAAAGUCCAGAAUUUAUAAAAUGCGAAUGUCUCCCUAAUGAUGAUUUAGUCAUGGUUACAGAUACAGAUGUAUAUAUCUGGACAUUUAAUACAGAAAGAAUUCAAUUAAAUUAUUAUUAUUCAGAAAUAGAAGGUAGACUAAGUAUUCUUGAUGAAGUAACAUUUACCGAUAGUUUUCUCCCAUCACCAUAUAUUACGUCAGUUAUUCACAGGAGAGGUUAUAGUUUUGGUAUUCAAGAGCAUUUUAAAGAACUAUUAGAAACGUAUACUAAAGAAGAAUUUUAUUUAACAAUCUAUGGAUAUGAUGUUAUGAAUGCAAUUGUUGAGUUUCGAGAUUACAAAUUAGCGGAAAAUUUCUGCACAAGUUGUAUUAAGUUAAAUUUCAAAAACGAAAAAGAUCCGACACCUAAUAUCCAAUUAUUUGGUAUAAUUUCUCAAUUCAUUUCAGAAUUAACAGAAGAAAAUUCGAUAUUCGUGGAAGGCUUUAUAUCAGAAAUUUCAUAUUUUAUUGCUAUUGAUGAAUACUAUUUAACACAAACUUUAGCAAAAGUAACUAGUGUGCAACACCUUGAUUCUCUCGGUGUUCAUAAUCAACUAACUACAUUAUCUAAUGUAGAUAUUUUCAUGAGAAAAUUUUUUUCAAAUUUUGGCACUUAUUUGAAUCAGUUAUUUGAAACUCGUCUUAUAAAUAUUAAAAAGUUCUACGAUAAACAUUUUAUAGACAAUAAAAUCCCUGUAAUCUUAACAUUCCCUUUACCAAAAUAUGUAGAUUAUCCUAAAGAAUAUAAUUUUUGCCAAGAAUUAAUAAGACCGAAACCUAAUUAUCCAAGUUAUUCAUCUGAUCCAAAUGAUCCUUGGAAUUUGGCUACAACAUAUAAUUCAAUAACUUCAAAUAAUACUAUUGAAACAAGUGCAUCACUUAUUGAACCACCAGAUUCAAAUACAAAUAUGUUUAUGUGGUUUGAUUCAUCGAUUUUGGCAGUUUAUAUAAUGCUUACAG